AAUCGCGAAGCGGAUGGUGUCCUGGGUCCGUGAAUACAGGCUCGUACCUAGAUGUCUCCGAAUCCUUCGCGGCCUCAUCUUCGGGUAGCAUUAGUACGACAGAAGCUUCUCCUUCUUCUAAUUCAUCAUUUCUUCAACUGCCGGACGGAGAGGACAGGCCCCUCGAAUUCGAACUGACUAAAGAAAAGAUAGUAGAACCCGACAAGAAUACAGACGAAAAAAUGAAGGAGGA